AAGGUGAAGGACAUCAGGCAAGAUUAUUAAAUAGAGGACCUAAGCUGACUUUUUAGAUGACUGCUUUGCCAUGCAAAAGAAGUGACCAACGCUGGUUUGCUUGAUGGUCAAGUAGAAGCAUGACGAUUGGUGGACCGGAGGCCCUCCUUCGCUUAUCUCCUCGCAGGGAGAUAUGCAUGUAGGCAAGGAGGAGCGUUCAGCCUUCCGCAGGCAGACAGUCAAGCGCAAAAGACACAAGGCUCAUCCGCUCGCCUCUCCAUUGACGUCAGUCCAGUAUCACAUGAACCGGCAGCGGCCAAUCGGCGAGGCGCUGCUGGAGAGAGCUGGCUCCUUUACAGCAAGAUAGGAGGGGGUUGGGGGGGGGAAAUACGGAAUAGAAGGAAACCGAACGAGUGAGCCUGUAAUGAGCACAAAACCCCACAGAGGAAGCGAGAGACAAGCCACAAUUUUGGGGGGGUCUCUUUCAUUUUUUUUACCCGUCUUUGUGCGUCUUUCUGUCGGUGGAUUACUCGUUUUGGAAACCGAGGCUGCGGACGGAAUGGAUAAGGCCAUGGCCCUAACAUAUUGAGUAGCUCCCUGGUAAGAGGAGGGGGGAGACGAGACGAGACGCGACGCGCACGGCAACGCAAUUCAUGGAGCAUUGUACGGGGAGGAAAAUGGUGGAUUGUUUACAGUGUAUCAUAAAAACCGUUCCCCGUGUGGAUAUCCUGCCAUAAAACUACUCGGAAGGCUCCUUUAGCGGCUGCCUCGUCCUCGUCUCCAGUAAUUAGUCGUGUUCUAGCACCACUAGGUAGGUAGAUACCCCCUCCCCCAGCUCGAUCAGAGCCACCUUAGACAUUAUUUUUUUUUAAAUAUCUAUACUGUACAUGUAGGUGUCUUGUGUAGGUGUCCUGCGUCAAGCAAUCACUCUCCCCUCCUCGUUUAGGACAACUGUUGGAUUACUAAAUUAUGGAUUUUAACAGCACCGGCGGGGGCAACGAUCUGCACAACAACCAGUUUUAUCAGUGCGAGGAGAGUAAGCCUUUACUCGGGGACAUGUCGGAGGGGAAUAAUAACGCCAAAGUGGGCGCAGGGCCGUGCAAACGGAGCCUGCAACACUGCUGCGGCAGCAGCGGGAUGCGCUACAAGCUGCUCCACGAGGGGGACAUCCAGGUGUGCGUGGUCAAGCACCCACGCACCUUCCUCAGCAAGAUCCUCACCUCCAAGUUCCUGCGGAGAUGGGAGCCGCAUCACCUCACACUCACGGACAGCAGCUUGACCUCGGCAACCCCUACUGGUUACAUGGAGACAUCGUUGUCUUAUAGCUCCAUAGAGGACUUGCAGCUUCUGUCCUGGGACAAUGCACCAAAGUACUGUGUCCAGCUCAGCUUCCCCGGUGGCACUGUCCUUCUGCAGGCUGCUAACAGCUACUUAAGGGACCAGUGGUUUCACUCCUUACAAUGGAAGAAAAAGAUCUACAAAUACCGUAAGGUGUUGAACAAUCCAAGUCGUUGGGAUGUUGUCCUGAAAGAGAUCAGAGCACUGGUGGACAUGGCUCUGACUUCACCGCUACAGGAUGAGUCCAUCCACCAGGCCCCUCUACACAUCAUCUCCACUCUGCUAGCUGAAAACUCUAAUCUCAGCCCACAGGAUCAUGAGAACAUCAUAGUGGCCAUUGCACCUCUUCUGGAAAACAACCACCCACCCCCGGAUCUGUGUGAGUUCUUCUGUAAGCACUGCCGGGAGCGCCCACGUUCAAUGGUUGUUAUAGAAGUGUUCACUCCUGUGGUCCAGAGAAUCCUCAAACACAACAUGGAUUUUGGAAAGUGUCCUCGACUGCGCCUAUUCACUCAGGAGUACAUCCUGGCCCUCAAUGAACUGAAUGCAGGAAUGGAGGUUGUCAAGAAGUUUGUUCACAGCAUGCACGGGCCAACGGGGCAGUGCCCUCAUCCUCGUGUCCUGCCAAACCUGGUUGCUGUAUGUCUUGCUGCCAUUUAUUCCUGUUAUGAGGAUUUCAUUAACAGUCGAGACAACUCUCCGAGCCUGAAAGAAAUCAGAAAUGGCUGCCAGCAACAGAAUGAUCGCAAGCCUCCAAUGCCGCUCCGCCUGCUGCGCCCAGAGCCACCAACGCCGCCUUCCGCCACCCUGCUCCCCCUCACCCCCAACCCCACUCCUCCUCAGCAACCUCCCCCUGCUCCCCCAAACCCUCCGCCUUCAAUCCCCAUAUGCUCCCCGACACCCUCGCUUCCUCUCUCCCCUCCUCCGUCUGUCGUCAACUCCAGCGAGAUCCUGGUGGAGUUGGAGCGCAACAACAACUCUGCCAACACAAAGCGAAAGCCAGAUGCUGAUAGUGAACCCAACCUCAUUGACUGUCUGCUGGUCAGCCCGGCUGUCAACACUCUGUCCAUUCAGCUGCCGGCGCAGGCCGACCGUGUGCUCGGGUGCUUUGCUCUCAUCCUCAAGAUGCUGUCUGAUUAUGAUGACUGGAGACCUGCGCUGGCCAGCCUCUUGCAGCCUAUCCCUUUCCCUAAAGAGGCUCUUGCACAUGCCAAAUUCACUAAGGAACUGAAAUACGUCAUUCAGAGGUUUGCGCAGGACCCAAGGCAAGAGGUCCAUUCCUGUCUACUCAGUGUACGUUCAGGAAAAGAUGGUUGGUUCCAGCUCUAUAGUCCAGGAGGCGUGGCGUGUGAUGACGAUGGAGAGCUUUUUGCCAGUAUGGUCCAUAUCCUAAUGGGCUCCUGCUAUAAGACCAAGAAGUUCCUCCUCUCUUUGGCUGAGAACAAGCUGGGCCCCUGCAUGCUAUUGGCCUUGCGUGGGAACCAGACAAUGGUGGAGAUUCUAUGUCUGAUGCUGGAGUACAACAUCAUCGAGAACAAAGACACCCAGCUGCAGAUUAUCUCCACCCUGGAGAGCACCCAGGUGGGCCUCCGUAUGUACGAACAGCUCUGCGACCGGCAGCGAGAACUCAAAGAACUGCAAAGAAAAGGAGGCCCCACCCGCUUGACUCUUCCCUCCAAGUCCACGGAUGCGGAUCUUGCUCGCCUGUUGAGUUCAGGUUCUUUCGGGAACUUGGAGAAUCUCAGCCUGGCCUUCACCAAUGUCACCAGUGCCUGUGCCGAGCAGCUCAUCAAGCUGCCUUCGCUUAAACAGCUUAACCUGUGGUCCACUCAGUUUGGGGAUGCGGGAUUGCGGUUGUUAUCAGAGCACCUGGCCUGUCUUCAGGUGCUCAACCUGUGUGAGACCCCUGUUACUGAUGCUGGUCUACUGGCUCUCAGCUCCAUGAAGAGUUUGUGUAGUCUGAACAUGAACAGCACCAAGCUUACAGCAGACACAUAUGAAGACCUCAAGGCCAAGCUGCCCAACCUGAAAGAUGUGGAUGUUCGAUACACAGAAGCCUGGUGAUGGACUCUCCUCGCGGGGUAGGCAAACACCCAGUAGAAAAAAAACAAAACAAAAACGGAUGCGUUCUGUUCAGCGGGUGUUUGUUGCCAUCAUCAGACCAGGAUCUCAGACACCAGUGUAAACGUCCCUAAGAAAGCUUUAUGGACCUUGUUGCGCCCCGUCUAACUGUUCGAAAAACCGAUGUAUAACGGACCCUUUUUUUUUGCUGACGUGAUCAGAGGACAUUCAAGGAUCUGAUAUAUCGUUUUAUCUCCACAUUGUCCUCCCUGUCAUAUGUGGCCUCUGUUUCUUCCACAGUCCGCAACUCUUUUAAUCUGUCAUGUAAUCUUAACGAUGAAGCGCUUACAUUCCAGCUCUUCUCCACUCUGAUCUAAGAUGUAGCUACUCAAUCAAUUCAAUCACGCACCUUUUCAUUUCAAGUCCCUGUUCCGACUUUGUUUUUUGGGAACGGUGCUGCCUUUGUGAGUUCUAAGACUGUGCCUGUUCCUCAUUUACAAACAGAGAGAGACAAAAAAAAAAAAAGAGGUUUUUACCAGCUUAAAUGAACAUAUUUUUCCAGGCAUCUGCGCUUUCAUAUACCGUGUGUUUAUAUGUGUAUGACAUUUGAGAAACAGUUUGGGAUCUUUGUAGGAGAACUGAAUAGUAACAGCAAAAUCUUUCCCCUUUUUAAUUUGUUGCCAGUGUAUAUUCUGAUUCAUAUUUAAUAGGACUUUUGCAUAGUGGUAGCUGGGUGGUCUGGGACUGCCUCUUAUUUAUAAGCCUCUUAUUACUCUCAUGGAUAUCGUCAUGGCAGUGAAGAUGUACACAGACUAUGUUCUUUUUUUGGGGGGGUUGUUUGCUUGUUUUUGGACACAUGACAUAUAAAGCCAACUAAGAGGAUCUGGGAUCACACUGGGAUCUCUCUGUACUAUGCCAUGGGUGUUACUGUACUACGUACGUGCACCUCCGAACCAGACCCAUCACCAGCUAAGAGUUGUUUGUUUUGUUGUUUUGGCCCCAUUUGGAAACUGGAUAAAAAAAAAGGACACUUGCCAAAUGUUAAACCUUUUGUUGCAUCCAGCCAAUACAAGCGUCUUGGAGCAGAUUUUGUUGUUUGAACUCCAUGCCAAGGACAAUACCACCCCUAAUAUUCUGGUUAAAUUGGUAGUACUGUUCCAGGUGAUUUUUUUUAUCAAAAUAUUGGGACACAAUUCUUGUAUAUAUUAUAAAUGUGAGUUAAAAAUGACAAACUUAUAGUCAUAUUUAUCUAAUAUUCCCUCCAUGGGUUGACUACUUUGCCGCAUUGAAGCCAGGCAGGUUCUCCGUCUUUGCCCCGUUUAAAAAAAAAAAAAAGUGUGCCACCCGCAUAAGCUGGAUGCCGUCCACUGCAAGAUAUUCUGUUUCCUAUUUAUUGGGUGCCAUGCGCUUUUCUGUUUAAUAAGUAGAUUUUUGAGUCAAGCAUUAGGCCUCAUGUUAACUUUCAUAUCCUGUAUAAUGUACAUAUAAUUGUAUAUAAUCUUUUCAUUCUACUAUUCAAACCCUUUUUCUUCAUCGUUCUCCUUUUGGCCUUCGUUUUUAAGCAACGUGUGUGUUUGUUUUUGUUGUUUCACACAAACUGCACUGUAAUCAAAAGGGUAGGUUUUUAAUGCAUACUAUUUUUCAGCAUUACUGAUUUAUUUUUUAUUUUAUUUUAUUUUUUACAUAAAUUAGACGUGUCACUUGUGUUUUGUUGGUGUUGUUUUCCGGGUUAUUUUGCAUGUACACGUCUCUGCUUCAGCGAAUCUUUUCAACUCCUGUUUUAUGAAUGGUUUGAAUCCGUGAGAAAGGAUCUGAUCACUAUCUGAAUUGAAAUGGUUGCUUCCAGGAUCCGUUCAUAAGAGCUUCGGCUCAGGCUUUGAUUGAUUUUUAUGAAAACGUAAUACUGCACUAUUAGUGGUGUACACCCGUCCCUAGUACUACAAAACACCAUGACCACUUCAAUGAAAGCAUUUCCUCCAAGCUAAGUACUGUAAACCUGCUGCCUGAGCGUUUCAGCAGCUGCACGUUCAAAGGCCAAAUGUCCUUCAAUUGAACUUUGCUGUACUUGUGUUUACAUUGUCUUGUUUGAUUGCAAUUGAUAACCACUGUCACAUUUGUACGAUUUAACGCUCCGGUUAUCAUUCAUAACUAUCAUUCAACUUGGAAAUGUUUUACAUUAUUCAAAGCAAAGUUGUGAUUGGUUAAAAUCAAAAUGACAAAAGGCCAGGAAAUGAAAGGAGACAAUAAAAUAAAACAUCCAAAUUUC